CCACAACGGUCAAACUCUCUUUUCAAAUAAGGAAACAAACAUGGAGGUUGAGAGAGUACAAGCUUUAGCCUAUGGUGGCCUCGCUGAACUUCCUGCAGCGUUCAUCCGGCCAGCCCACGAGCGACCGGAAAAUACUAAACCGCUUGAAGGGGUGACCGUGCCAGUCAUCUCACUGUCACUGCCUCAUGAUGUCCUAGUGAAGCAGGUGUCAGAGGCGUGCAACGAGUGGGGGUUUUUCCUGAUGACGGAUCAUGGGAUAUCGCCUUCGUUGAUCAAAAGGCUGCAGGACGUGGGACAGGAUUUCUUUAAGCUGCCGCAGGAGGAAAAGGAGGCAUAUGCCAAUGACCCUUCAAGUGGCAAGUUUGAAGGGUAUGGCACCAAAAUGACCAAGAACCAUGACCAGAAAGUUGAGUGGGUUGACUACUUCUUUCACCUCAUGUCUCCUCCCUCCAAGGUCACAUAUGAUAUCUGGCCCAAAGCUCCUCCUUCUUACAGGGAAGUUACGGAGGAAUACAACAAGGAAAUACUGAGAGUAACAGAGAAGCUGUUGGAGCUGCUCUCCGAGGGGCUGGGGCUGGACAAGAAGGUUUUGAAGACUACAUUAGGAGGGGAAGAACUGGAAGUAGAAAUGAAGAUAAAUAUGUACCCACCAUGUCCACAGCCUCAUCUGGCCCUCGGAGUUGAACCUCACACGGACAUGUCUGCAGUCACCUUGCUUGUCCCUAAUGAUGUUCCAGGCCUUCAAGUGUCCAAAGACAGCGACUGGGUUGCGGUUGAUUACUUGCCAAAUGCGCUCUUUGUCCAUGUAGGAGAUCAAAUUGAGGUACUGAGCAAUGGCAAAUAUAAAAGUGUCAUUCACAGAAGUGUAGUGAACAAGGAGCGGACCCGCAUGUCAUGGGCAGUGUUUUGUGCACCUCCACAUGAGGCAGUGAUAGGACCACUCCCGCAGCUUGUGGACCAACGGAAUCCGGCCAAGUACUCCACCAAGACAUUUGCUGAGUAUAGAUAUCGCAAAUUCAAUAAGCUCCCACAGUGAUGUUUUAAGAAGUACCUUAACGUGUUGGAAUAAUGUUCACUUUGAGGAUGCCAUUAUGGGUGGAUUUUCAUCAAGUGUCUCAGCCUUCACUCUUUGUGACUCUCUCAUUAUGACUCUUCAUGAUAUUGUAUUACUCCUUUUUUCUUUUUUCUUUUUCUUUUUUUUUGUUUUUGUUUUUGUCAAUCAAAGUAAAAUUUUAUAUUAAUAAGAGUAUUAUUCCAAUGUUAAUGAUCUUCAUUGUAGUAAAAAUUGAUCAUUUGC